UGAAUUACAAUGAGAUUCUAGGAAUUGAGGAGAGAGGGCUAUCUGCUGAGAUGUACCAUUUACUUUAUCCAUUGAGGAGAGAGGGAAAUCUGCUGAGAUGCAUCAUGUACGCCAUAUCUUUAUCGCUCAUCGGUGGAUUUGCUGCGCCUAAAAUCUGGCUGCUCUGUAUUUCAAUUUACUUUUGGGCACGUCUUGAAGAGACUGGGGGAUUUGGCGUUUGCUUCAGUUUCGUUGGUCUGUCUUGGGUUGCGCUUUUUUAUUGCGACUUUUUUCUACCUGGUUCUUUUGCGAAGAAGGCGUCAAACAUUGACGGCUUAAUGGAACCUGUACAUCAACAACUCUGCAGCCAGUCAACUGACUCGGAACAAACCAUACGCCAAACUUCUCUUCGGAGGUGGAGGGCCAAAAAACAGCGUGUAGGUGAGUCUUCAUUGGGCCAGUCAAAUACGUCUGCAGUGGAUGGACCAAAUUUAAGGUACCAUGAUAAGGCGGCAAGUCUACCAUUGUCUGUUGCAGAAACCGCAGGUUCAUCUGCCAAUCCUUUGGUGGCUCCUUUACGUUCGGUCGCGGGUGGGGAUCGGUCACGAAGAUCUACCAAUGCUAAUAGCUCAGAAAAAAUUCGCCAUUUUGAUGAUUGUGAAAUAGUGUUGCGUGCUGUGCCUGGUUUGGAUCAAAGGGUGUAUAAUCAACCAAGUGAACAUGAAGUUGCUGUGUUGAUAGUUGAUGGACAGGACAACGAAGAGCGUAGUCAUAGGGACAUUCGUGUGAGCAGUGUGGCUGGAGGUUCUCAUAGCAUCCAGUAUUAUUUUGGAUGUUAUGAUCCCUUGCAGUACCCACUUAUUUUUCCUUUUGGUCAGGUGGGCUGGCAUCAGGGGAUAGAAAAGCUAGGGGUCAAAGCUUCUUCAAGGCCGAACCAGCGGUGCAACUCUGUCCGUUCAGUUGCACCAGCAGGCGCAAUUGACGCUGAUGAUUUACUGUUUAGGGAGGAAUCUGGAGUCAUUUUUGUGGUCCAAUCUGACGCACUUCCUGAAUCAUCCGGCCAUGUCUUCAACAGUCAAACUCGUGGUACGGGAAAUCUCACAAAAUCUGUUCGCCGCAACUGUUCAUGGCAGUUGAAUAUGCAAAAGUACCUGAAAAUGAGGAACAUUAUAACAAUCCAAGAAGUUAAGCCGCACACUAAGGGGUGGACAGUUGUUGUACAGGUAGUUUUUCGCAGUCACAUACUUGUAAGCCAAAAGGACUCAGCAGUAACAUAUCGCAGAUUUCUUCUUGCGGAUGCCGAGGGCACAAAGGUUUCAGCUAUUGCCUACAACAACAACAUCAGGGCAAACGCUCACCUUUUGAUUCCAUACAAGACGUAUCGAUUGUCUGGUGCCACUUUGAAGAUAGCGGAAGAUAAAUAUAGGGUAGGUCCUUAUGACUUCUCCUGGACCAUCAACAAGAAUACCCUGAUUCAACCAUGUGAGGACACUAUCCCUUCACAACUCUACUGCACUAUUGACACCAAAAGCUUUGCAGACUUGGAACAUUAUGCUGACACCGACAAGUUACAAAAUGUACUGGGAGUUGUAGUUCAUGCGUUUGAAUCAAAAAAGAAGGGCUUCGAUUCAGUCAAUAGAGAUAUCAUUGUGAUGAAUACUGAGAACAUGCCUAUGAUUCUAACACUGUGGGACGAGUUUGCUACAACUGAGGGUGCACAACUAGCGAAUAAUAUCAAUGCAGGCAAUGUAAUCAUCGCGAUGCAAGUUAAAGUGUCAACAUUUUAUGGCAUUUCUCUAGCCACAAAACAGCCUAGCGCGAUACUCAUUAAUCCCCCGACACCUGAGGCUAAUGAACUGAAGCAGUACAUACAAAAUAGAAUGGAUAUUGCAAAUCUCAUUGCAACUAAAGCAUACAGGAACAUUGCUGCCUUGCUUCCAAGGCCUCCUCUGGACAACAUAAUUAGUAUUGAGUCUUUCUUAAAUCCUGGUAACAAUGUCAAAGCUGCAUGGAUUAAAGGCCGAAUAAUUUUAGGCUCUGUUAGCCAAUCACUUUGGUUUGCCUGUUGUGCAAAUUGUCAAAAGAAAUUCGACCUUCAAGUAGGUUCUGAUAUCAGAUGCAGUGCGUGCAACCAAUGUAGCCAAAUUGUGGCUAGGGCAAGAAUUCCAAUUUACAUUGAAGAUGAGACGGACACAAUUGCAGCAGUUGUGUAUGGAAAAGAUGCUGAACAACUUGUUGGACGUACUGCAGCUGCCUUAAAGGAUGCUGAGGAUGAGGGUGUGAGCUUACUCAAAACAAUUGGUAGAAGAAUUAAGGGACACCAUGUUGUGUGCUAUGUGAGGUUUUACCAAACAAACGGAACAAACUACUCCAUUGUGAAACUAUACAUGGACGAAAUUGAGGGUCUUUUGGAUGAGGAUGAAGUUGAGGAUUCUACUGAACAGGGUGAGCCUGAUGUUCAGUUUUUUACACCAAGUACUAAAGCUUGCCUAGAAGAGAUUGAAAAAGGCACCAUGAACACAGGCACACCAAUGCCCAUUAAAUCAACCACAGCACGCGUCCUGAUAUUUGGAGACAACAAUGCGAGUUCAUCUUCCAAUCCUCCAGCUAACACACCCGGUGAAGAUGCAUUCUACAACGAUGAUGGUUGUGCCAGCACUUCAGCGGCACCGGCAAAUGCUAGGCUCUUGAUUCCAUACAAGACAUAUCGUUUGUCUGGAGCCAGUUUGAAGGUAGUUGAAGAAAAAUAUAGGGUCGGCCCUUAUGAUUUUUCCUGGACCAUAAACAACAACACUCUCAUUCAGCCCUGUGAGGACACUAUCCCAACACAACUCUACUGCACUAUUGACACUGAAAGAUUUGCAAACUUACACAGAUAUGCCGACAGUGACAACUUACAGAAUGUUCUGGGAGUGGUUGUUCAUGCAUUUGAGUCCAGACAAAAAAGCUUCGAUUCAAUCGCAAGAGAAAUUGUUGUUAUGAAUACGGAGAACAUGCCCAUUAUUUUCACGCUCUGGAAUGAGUUUGCUACGGCCGAAGGUGCAGAGCUAGCAAAAGGUAUCAAUGCAGGAAAUGUGUUCAUUGCAAUGCGGGUUAGGGUGACUACAUUUCAUGGAAUUUCUCUCGCCACCGUGCAACCAAGCUCAGUACUCAUAAAUCCACCAACAACUGAGGCUAAUCAACUCAAGCAGUACAUAGAAAAAAGAUUGGAGAUUGCAGACCUCAUUGCAGCUAAAGCAUACAAAAACAUGAGUACAUUGCUUCCAAGGCCACCUCCAGACAAUGUAAUUAGUAUUAAGUCGUUCUUCAAUCCUGGUAACAAUGUGAAAGCUGCAUGGAUUAAAGGGCGCAUGAAUUUAGGCUUCGACAACCAGUCCCUUUGGUUCACCUGUUGCGCAAACUGUCAAAAAAAAUUUGACCUGGACAUAGGUUCUGAUAUAAUGUGCAGUGCGUGCAACCAACACAGUGAAAUUGUGGCAAGGGCAAGAAUUCCCAUCGACAUUGAAGAUGAAACAGACACAAUUGCAAUAGUUGUAUAUGGAGAAGAUGCCGAAGAGCUUUGUGGACAUACUGCAGCUCACUUGAAAGAUGCUGAGAACCAGGGACUUAACCUUCUGGAAACGAUUCAGCAAAGAAUUAAGAACCACAAUGUUGUGUGCUAUGUGAGGUUAUACCAAACAAACGCCACAAACUACUCAAGUGUAAAGCUCUACAUGGAUGAAAUUGAAGGCAACUUGGAUGAGGAUGAGGUUGAGGAUUCUGAUGAACAAGUAGUUGAGCAGAUAGCUGAACAGGUAGCUGAGCAAGUAGCUGAACAGGGUGCUUCUGAUGUACAACUAUUCACACCAAGCACUAAGGCUUGUCUCGAAGAAAUUGAAAGCGCUACUAUGAACACAGCUAUACAAGAUGCCAUUAAACCACCAACAGCGCGUGCCUUGAAAUUUGGAAACAUAAGUGCAGCUUCAUUUUCCAAUCCUCCACCAAACAUAGUUGAUGAAGAUGCAUCAUACAUCAAUGAUGAUAGUGCAACCACUUCAGCGGCACCCUCCAGUCCAAUGAAAAAACCUCGCACC